UUUCCCUCUCACCUUCCUUUCCACUCCUUGCAUCCACCCAUCCAUCCUCCACUUUUAAGUUUCUGCCAUGGCUACCGGAGAAGAACCAUCAGAAUCCCUCACAUGCAAGACCUGGGUGUUGAGAGUAUCCAUCCAUUGUGAAGGAUGCAAGAAGAAGGUUUAUAGAAUCCUCAAAAGCAUUCGAGGUGUAUAUGACACGGAUAUCGAUGCGGGGCAGCACAAAGUCACCGUUAAGUCUAUUGUGGACGCUGAAACGCUCAUUAGGAAGCUAGAGAAGUCCGGGAAACACGCCGAGCUAUGGCCGGUGAAGAAACCCAGCAACCAGAAACCCAGCAAUGUCAAUACCAGCAAUAAGGAGAGCGGAGAAUCCUCUAAACCCGAAGAACCGUCACGCAAGUCCGAGAAGAAGCCAAUCCCCUCCAAGCCUAACCCUGCCGCUUCUUCCGCCACCGACACCACCGUCGCAAAACUUUCAGAUGCUGAGAAAACUCAAGUCAAAACCAAAACCACAGCAGAGCCGUCAGAGAGCGCCACGAAAGAGCCUCAGGGUUCUGGUACAAAGAAGGCUGACGCCUCCACCCAGCAGCCUAAGAAGCCCGCCGCCACCGCCGGCGGCGAAGCGAAUGGCGACAAUGGCUGCGCCAAGAAGAAAGGCAAGAAGGCUCAGAAAGAGAUCUCGGAAGAGGCUGGGAAGAAUCCGAAUGCUGGCAGCGUCAGUUCACUGCCACCACAACACAUGUACUCAUACCCGACACACCCACCGCCGCCGCCGCCGCCGUACGUCAUGAGCUACAACAUGGCGGAACCGAGCGUUACCCAAGCCUACUAUGCUUCGCCAAAGCCGCCGGCUUCAGACGGCUUUGUUUACAUGCCGUACCCUCCUCCGCCAGAGUUCUACCCUGGUCCAUCCGACCCGAGCUCACCGGUGCUGAUGCAGCCCAACAUGUUCAGUGACGAGAACUCCAAUUCCUGUAAUCUUAUGUGAGCAUGCUCCAUAGUAUCCUUUCCUCGGAGUCCAGUGAGGUCAUAGGUGGUGGUAGACUAAUCCAUGUGUAGAUAUGUCAGACUACUUGGUUGGUUGUGUCAUCUCCUGCUGCCAGUGUGAGUAGUGUGCUGCUCUCUUGUGAAGGAGAUGUUGCAGUUAGCAGUUUCCUUCCUCGGUGGUUGUGUUUGUAGCUAUUAGUGCCCCCUUGUGAUCGGAGGAAAACCAAGUGUUAGGAAAUCCUGCUGCAGGAUCUCGAACGAGUCCCUCCUC